AUGGGAGAUGCCGUGGUGCAACGCUCCGCGGAGCUAGGAGCACGGGAGAUUUCCAACAUUGCUUGGGCCUGUGGCAAGUUGCGGCACCAGAAGCAUUCCUUGGUCGAUGCCUUGGCCGGCCAAGCUGUUCAGAUCCUGGAUGAAUUUAUCAGUCAGCACCUCUCCAACACUCUCUGGGCCUUAGCACGGCUUCAGAGCUACCAGCGGCCCCUGGUGGAUGCCAUCUCCCAGCAGGCGCUGCGGAAGUUGCCGAUCCUGACGGCCCAGGACCUGUGCAGCACCGCCUGGUCUUUGGCCAUCCUCGAGGUGCGCGAGUGGACGUUGUUGGAGGCCGUUUCUGGCGCAGCCCUCGGCAAGAUCAAGGCCUGCGGCGCCCAGGGCGUGGCUAACCUGUUAUGGUCCUGUGCUACCGUGUUGUACUGGAACAUGCCCCUCAUCGAUGCGGUUGCUGAGGAAUGCUUGGAGACGUGCCUGCGUUGGGAUGCCGGUGCCACUGCGUGGAACACCUUCAAGUCGCAAGAGCAGGCCAACACGGCCUGA